AUGGAGGCGUACCUAGUGGAUAUCGCCCGAUUGGCUCUGACCCUCGCCGCUCUGGCGCUCGGGGGCAGGUUAGGAGCGCUCAUAGACGCGCCGCUCGUGGGUGAAAUAUUGGUCGGCAUGCUCCUCGGUCCGGACGGCGCGGGUUUUGUCCCGGAGAACUCGGCAGUCGUUCUCGUCGGGGAUUUCGCGCUCUGCUUGCUGGUGAUGGAGGGUGGGUUGAGCAUCGACAUCGGGGCGCUGAAUUCGGUCGGACCGAUCGCGUUCGCCAUCGCCGUGAGCGGGACGAUGCUGCCGAUCGCGCUCGGUGUGGCGUACAUGUCCGCGUGCGGCUACGGCGUAAUGGCGGGAGUAGCCGCGGGGACCUCGCUCAGCUCAACCUCCAUCGGGAUGGCAACCAAGGUGCUCCAGACGCUCGGGGAGCUGACCAGUCCGCUGGGAAACCUGGUGUGCGUCGCCGCGAUGGUGGACGACGUGCUAUCUCUGGUGAUACUCGCGGUGGUGUCCAACGUAGAAGGCGACGACCAGGGGGGCGGACGCGACGUCGCGUGGAUGACGUCGCGGCCGAUACUCGCAUCCGUCGGCGUUGGCGUCCUCGGAGCCGGGCUAGCCGUCGCGAUCCCCCGCAUCGCGGGGACGCUGUUUCCGACCGCGGACGACGCGGUGGUGUGGGCGAUGCUGGGUCUCUCGCUCGGCGUCGUCGUCGCGGCGGGCGCGGCGGGGUCCACGCACCUCCUCGGCGCCUUCGUCGGCGGCGCCGCGUUCUCGGGCCUGUCGAACGCGCGUCGCGCGUUCGCGAGGCACGCCGAGCUCAACGCGUGGCUGACCUCGGUGUUUUUCCUCUCCGUGGGGACGCGGAUACCGCUGCGAGGGAUGUUCGACGCGCGGGGCGUGGCGCUGGGAGCCGGCUACUCCGUCUUCGCCGUCGUCGGCAAGCUCGUCACGGGCGCGUGGUGUCACCCGGACUGGCCCAAGGCGCGCGCGGUGGGGUGGGCGAUGGUUGGACGGGGCGAGCUCGGGUUCGUCAUGGCGCAGAGCGCCCACGCGGGGGGUCUGAUGGGGGACGCGCCUUACGUCGCGUCGGUGUGGGCGCUGUUGAUCGCGACGGCGGCGUCGCCGGUGUUCAUGCGACGCGCGAUCGACGUUUGGAAACGGUUGGAAACGCUUGGAAACGGAUUGGAAACGUCGGGAAACGUCGAGGACGUCGAGGCGGUUCGUUGA